AUGGCACCAGUACGCACGAGAGGCGCGGGACCUGCCGUUGCAUCAACCUCAAAGGCAAAUGACCAGAUAGAGAACAAGCAAAAGCGGGACCGCAAACACCAGCACCACCGGAAACAUAAGGACUCUGAAGACUCGCCUGCAGGGCUACCAGGAGUGCAGAAGAUCAAGUCAGCGCUGCGUCAGACGAGGAGAUUACUUGCCAAGGACAAGCUGGCCGCAGAUGUGCGUACCAAGACGGAGCGGAGACUUAAAGCCCUGGAAGCAGACCUUGUGCAGGCUGAGCAGGCAAGGAAGGAACGGGCAAUCGCACAACGGUACCAUGCUGUCAAGUUCUUUGAAAGGCAGAAGGUGACCAGAAGGAUACAACAAGUCAAACGGCAGCUCGCCAAAGACGAAAACAGCGAGGGAGAAAAGCUCAGGAAGAAGGAACGGAAACAGCUGCAGAAGAGGCUAGAAGAACUGCGUGUGGACCUCAAUUACAUCAUUUACUAUCCCAAGCUCAAGAAAUACAUAUCGCUCUUCCCGCCCGAACUCCGCGCUUCACCUCACGCACACCCCGACCCAUACCCUCAUUUGUACUCCCGGUCUGAUGCUCCGGGUGAGGACGCUAAAGCGGAGAACGAGACAGAUGCGCAACGCGAGGAAGUUCGCGCGUGGGUACGCGAGCGGAUGGCUGCUGGCGAGAUGAGUGCGGAGCCCGAGGUCGAGCUGCGCGAGCGCGAGCGGCAUAAGGACCGCCAAAUGACGGCGCGUGAUCGGCAACUUGACGAGGGAUUGGACAAGGCUAAGGUGAAGGGGGAGCAGGAUGCGAGGCCUGCCGUGUUGGAGGGAGACGAGUUCUUCGGGGACGAUGGCGGAAGCGAGGAGAGUGGGGGUGGUGGUGAUGGCGAGGAUGAGGAGAUGAACAGCGAGUGA